GGACGUGUGUCAUUAAAGCUAGUGAGUUAAUACAGUAACGUUGGGAAAUCGCUCUUGUUUUAAUUAGGUAAGAGAUUUCACGGCAGUGAGUCUUAUAUUUGCAGUGUUUUUUAGUAUAAAACACUGCCUAUCAUUUACGUUUGGGGCUGGACUCGCCCGUCUGUGCUCGAAUAGGUCGGUCUGAUUGUCUGUCGCACUCUGCAUCCAAAUGAAUUCUCAGUCAUUCCAUCCAGAGCGCUGUAGGAGCUGCAGGUUCACUGAGACUGCUGUGAUUAUUAUUAUUAUUAUGACUGAAGAUAAGCGUGCUUACAUAUUUAGGUUAUCACAGAUCACUGCUAACGUUACUGCUGCAGGGCGCCGUUAGAAAUCUCUGCAGAGAUGUCCGCGGCCCUCGUGUUGCUGUUAUUACAGCAGGUUAGCAGCUAAUGUUAGAUGUGUUCAUCACAUAGACCGAGUGUAAGUGUGAGUGUGGUCGAGGGAGGAACAAUCAGAGAAGCUCAGCCAGACUAUCUAACCUAGCUCACCUAACGUUAGCUAACCUAUAGCUACCUGUCGAGCAGAGCAUCCAGCCUGUAAAGAAGAAGAAGAAGAAGAAACGAGGUGGCCCCUUUUCUAUUCCUGGAUAUUAACGCCAUUAUCUGCCCGGGAUGAGCUGUUUUCUACAGAUGUUUGAUGAUGAUGGUUUAAUCGGCGACAGAAGAACAUCUCCAUGACUCUUCAUGUCUGCACGACUCGGGCUGACAUCUGACAGUAACAAGUGAACAGAACGCCUCCAGAAGAAAGCCUCCAUAACCAGCCCCUUUCCUUCCUUUAAUGUUAUUUCUGACAUGCAGCAGAAGGUGUGCACCCGCAACACAACCUUAUUUGUGGAGAAUGGCCUGGCUUGCGGUGCUGGUGCUCCAUCUCAGCUCCCGUUUCGCUGCCCUCGGUGUGGGGAACACGAACGCUUCCACAGUCUGGCUGCACUGAGGGCCCACCUAGAGUACAGCCAUACGUACCACACCCACCCCAGGCAUGACUUCAGCCUCCCAAACAGCAGGGGCCACUCAUUCCACGACUUCACAGACGACUGCAAGAGGGCCAAUGCCAAGACCCAGACCACAAAAGAUGCUGGCACUGACACUCAUUCUCUAGGGAGGGGGGAGCACAAACUUCCAUUGAUAUCUGACCCCCCUCCACCUGAACAGUGUCCACAGGGCCCCCCAUCCCCAGAGAAGAGUAUAGCUGGUGGGGAGAUGCCUGUUGGUACAGAGCUCCUCUCUGUCCCAGUGGCCUCAGUUGGUCAGAGGCUGGAGGGCAUGAUGAGGAACGCCAACAGUAGCAUGGAGCGACGACUGCUGCGGCUGAGCUCAGAGCUGGCCCAAACUGACACAGCCCUGAUAUGUGAGCGAGCUCACUCGCACCACCUGGCUCAGGAGCGACAGGAAGUGCUGGAGCGUGAGCGGGCGCUCAGCAGGCAGGUGGACGCUGCUGUAAUGGUCAUUGCGACGUUGCGGCAGCAGCUCAGCAUGUCUGAACAUGAACUGGAGCGCAGGAAACAGGAAGUCAUCACGAUUCAGAAGUUUCUGGAAGCAGCAGCACAGCAUGAGAUGUGUGGGAAAGUGCGUUUGCGCCGGUUCAUUGAAAACCUCCUGCGAAGGAUUGCUCUUGCAGAAAGACUCCUGGAGUAUUAUCAGAGUGCUCCACACGAGCAUUACUGCACCGCUCACCCUGGGGCUGCUUCAGCUGACAUUGGUCCACAAAGAAUAACCAAAAGCAGAUCUACAGGAGAGCAGCUGGUUCACGAGGAAGAGCAGGCACAUGGACGCCAAGCUGGAUGGGGGGCAUCCAGAGUGUCUGGGGAGAGACUGGGUCAUCAGGGCUGCUGGCUCCAGCGUAGCAGGUCAGACGGUUACGAGGUUUAAGGAGCUGACCUGAGCCUUGCACUGAAUGUAUCGUUUGUUUAUACAUGUAGCGUACUGAGAUUGUAUUUUAAAGUAAUAUGUUCACAGAACCUCUACAAAGAAAAAAAAAAAACAA